CCGUGACAUAUAUAUAUUUUUUCGAAAAAAACAGUCAUUUCAUAAUCACAGCCUUGAUUGCUAUGGCGUUUAUCAGCGACACCUCAUCGGCGGCGGCUAGCGAUUUCACCGCCGUCAGAAAACCGGUAGUUGUUAGAGUUAAGCGAAAGUCUUGGCAGUCUCGACUCGAUGCCUUAUGGCUUGAAAUUAAUGAGAGGCCAUUGAAGCGACGACCGGUUUUAGAUUUUGACAAGUUAUCAAUUGAUGAUGAUUAUUCACGUCGCGGACAAGUAGGGGAAUUGAAUAGUAAGAAGGUUUUUGUACGGUAUGUUGAGACAGUUGGUACCUCAGAGAACAUCACUGAUGUUGUACAAUCGUUUAUGUAUGAUUCUGCUGAUGCAGUUGUUAAUAAACCAGGAAUAAAAGAACAGAAACGAAACUUCAAAAAGGACAGAAAACAAGAGGAACUUUUGUCCAAGGGCAGGAGAGAUCAAGAGGUGUUGGCACAAAAUGCUCGUUUUGAACAAAUAUGGAGGAGCCGUAGGGAAAAGAAAGAAGCAUUGCAUGAUAUGUGCCAUUUUUAUGAUGUCGUUCGUGUUCAUGAUGAGGAAGGAUCCAAUGAGAUGCAAGAGCAGGAAUACUAUUGCAGAACCAUAUGUUUGGAGGAUCAGAAGAUUCUUAAUCGAUACUUACCUAUACCUAGAGAGUUUAUACCAAGUGCAGUUGCCGAGAUUGAAUCUGACAUUUAUGCUUACUUGUCUGAGCAAGGCUAUGAGGUUAUGCCAAGAUCAUUUGCCGCUAUUGAAUCUGAUAUACAUGUUCACAUGUAUGAGCAAGAUGAUUAUGUCUACGAUUAUUAUACUGUGAAGAAUGACCUGUAUAUUGGUGAGCAAGAUGCUAUAAGCUCAUUCCCCGUGGUACAAGUGGAGGAUGAUGUUCAUUUCUAUGAUGGGCCAGAUUACGAAUCAGAAUAUGAUAGCGACGAUUCCAAUGCUGAAGCUCAUCCACAAAAUGAUUAUCCUGAUGAAACUUCUGAGGAGGAUGCAGCUUCAACUGAUGAAGAAAAAGAUGAAGAGGAAAAAGGUGAUGGUGCCAGCAGUAGAUCUGAAGAAGAAGAAGAAGAAGAAGAAGAAGAAGAUAGUGAUCAUGUCAGCAGUAUAUCUCCAGAAUUUGAGGACUUGAGGCGUGUCUUGGCACAAGACGGAGUCCCGUCAUGUGAUGAUGGAUCUUAUGAUAAUGACGAUGAUAAUUUUGAUUAUAUGGAAAUCAAUGAAGAUUUGCGUAAUAUGGAUAUAAAUGAAACUUCACAAUGAUCUUGUUGGUGAAACAUCUUUCACAAGCCUGCACUCAUCCACACCACGCCCUCUUUAACAUUUUCUUUUUUCUGGUUUGUUUCGAGUCUCCUGACGUGGUAGACUGCCAAGAUGUAAUCCUGAAGUUCUUGUCAAGUGACUUGGUAAACUCCUACAUGUAUGGGUGCUAUUUCUCCAGAGGCCAUUUCAAUUUUUGUAGACGUCAUUUUCAUUAUCCUUCUAUUGAGAGUUGCCAAUUUUCAGAAUAAAGCUUAAACUAGGCCUUUUUUUCUUUUUC